AUGACGCUGCAUCUACAGGGCGAGCUGGCCAAGAAGGCAGAUCCUCUUAUCAAAGAGAAUAGCACUAGAGGAAGAGACUGCUGCGGACGUGCUUACGCCGGUCACCCCUUCACACACUUCUCCCCUGACACCUCUAUAGUGACGGAUGCCUCUGAGAGGUGUUGGAGAGCGGUUUGUGAAGGUAGAUGCACAGGGGGAAGAUGGUCCAAGCAAGAAGCGACUUGCCACAUCAACCCUGCUCCUAGAUAUGGACAACACAACGCUGUUGCCUAUCUGAGGCGCAGGGAUGGCACGACAAGCGUGGAACUGUCCCAGGUAGCAGAACGAGUAUGGUCGUGGUGUUUGGACAAAAACACACGCAUACCUGCAACCCAUAGGCCCGGGAGGGAGAAUCAGGAAGCCUAUUCAGGAUCCAGAGUGUUCUCUAGAGAGGUGCGUGAAGGUAGACGAUUUCGCGCACAACUGGUCGAGGAUCUUCGGAUUGGUCUUUCCGCCGUGCAACCUUAUUGGACGAGUUCUCCGGAAGGCAGUCAGAGGCGAUGCAACGCUGAUUCUCAUCACUCCUUCGUGGAGAAGUCGGAUUUAGUUUUCUCUGCUUCUGAGACACGCAGAAAAACAACCGGUCUGGCUGAAAUGCAGCGCGCGACCGCUCCUGUCCAAUGCUCAAGGGCAGGGACACCCUCUGCUAGCACAGAAGAACUUCACGUUGCAGGCCUGGAGGAUCUCGCCAGAUCUUGGGCUACUGCGAGAUGCAGCCAUCGGACAGUUGAUACUAUCUUGACCAGCUGGGCUCCAAAUACUAGACGACAGUACGCCUCACCUCUGAACAAUGGCACAUCUACCUCACACAGAUAG